AUUUAUUUAACGUGUAGUGUAUGUUAACAAUUUUUGGGCUAUAUAAACUGGUAAAAUACCACCUUCAUGUAAUUAUAGUCCAACUGCCCAGGAGUCCAGAGUGAAUUUUGUGAAUCUUGAAUUCGUAUAUUACACAUAUUAAAACAUGAAAGCGGCCAUAAUAUUUUUGAUAGUUGUUGCGGUUCAGUAUGCAGCAGCGCAAAAGCAGUACACAAAUAAAUUUGAUAACGUCGAUGUGGAUGGUGUUUUGUCAAAUAAUCGUAUUCUAACUAACUAUAUUAAAUGUCUUAUGGAUAAAGGUCCUUGCACUCCAGAAGGUCGCGAGUUAAAAAAAUUACUACCUGAUGCCCUACAGACGGAUUGCUCAAAAUGUACAGAUACCCAAAGAAAAAAUUCACAAAAGGUAAUAAAUUUCCUUCGUGUGAACCGUCCAGGCGAGUGGAAAUUGCUACUAGACAAAUACGACUCCAGAGGAGUUUACAGAUCUAAGUAUGAGAAACAAGGUUAAUCUUACUCACAGACAACGGUUAAAUGUUGAAAUAAAAUUACAUGUACUAUUUAUAUAGCAUAUGUACAUACAUAUAUGAGUUAGUAAGAAAAUAAAUAUGUUUAUGGUA